CACAACGUUGUCAGCGCAAAAAAGAAAUCCCAACAACCCUACUCCACUCCACUGCCUCCACCACCACAUCUUUGACAUCCUCCUCCGCCUCUACUCCUCACCUCCCAUCCUACCCGCCACCACCACCUCCUCCCCCUCCCCCCACGAUAGUCGAUUCUCCCCCUCGACUCGUCGCUUCCAUUGUCGUCAAAGAUCUCUGUCGCUGCAGCUUACUUUACCCUGUAAUCCUAAUUGCCACGUCUCAGCAAAUUCUUCCGUUCUUUUUUUCUCCCUAAAGAAACUCUUGCCAGAAUGGUCUCCGCAUCGAAGGCCAAGCGUGAUGCCGAAAAGGCCGCAAAGGCUGCCGCAGAAGGCAAAGAAUUGAAGCCCAAGAAGACCCUCGCCAGCAAGGCGAGCAGAGCCGCCAGCCAGGCCAACUCCAACAACACCUCAGCUGCGUCCUCGGUGAACGGCGACGACGAGGUCGACGCGAAGCUCCUGAAACUCAAGUUGCAGGAGGACGACGACGGAAUCUCGGACCGUGUCACCACCGGAGUGUUGGCCUCGCUCGAGGCGUCCCGUGACGUCAAGAUCACAUCCGCGUCGCUUGUGUUCCACGGAAAGGUACUGUUCAACGACACCACCAUCGAGAUCAACUUUGGCCGUCGCUACGGAUUGCUCGGAGAAAACGGAUGCGGAAAGUCCACCCUGCUGAAGGCUCUCGCUGCGCGCGAGUUCCCCAUCCCCGACCACGUCGAUAUCUAUCUUUUGAACGAGCCCGCCGAGCCGACCGACUACUCGGCUCUCGAGUACGUCGUCAAGCAGGCCGAGCAGGAGCUCGCCCGUCUCGAGAAGCUGGCCGAGGACACCCUGGAGCACGAUGGCCAUGAGAGUCCUGAGCUUGACCACUUGUACGAGCGUAUCGACCAGAUGGACCCGUCCACGUUCGCUACCCGUGCCUCGCUGAUUCUCACUGGUCUGGGUUUCAACCCGGUCACCAUCAAGAAGAAGACCAAGGACAUGUCUGGAGGAUGGCGUAUGCGUGUGGCUCUUGCCAAGGCGCUUUUCGUGAGGCCUUCCCUUCUUCUUCUCGACGACCCUACCGCCCAUUUGGAUCUCGAGGCGUGUGUGUGGUUGGAAGAGUACAUGAAGAAGUGGACCAACACCCUCGUCCUCGUCUCCCACUCUAUGGAUUUCUUGAACGGUGUCUGCACCACCAUGAUCGACAUGCGCAUGAAGACUCUCCUCUACUACGGUGGUAACUACGAUUCUUACCACAAGACCCGUGCCGAGCAGGAAGUCAACCAGAUGAAGCAGUACGCUAAGCAGCAAGAGGAAAUCGCCCACAUCAAGAAGUUCAUCGCGUCCGCCGGUACCUACGCCAAUCUGGUCAGGCAGGCUAAGUCGCGCCAGAAGAUUCUGGACAAGAUGGAGGCCGAUGGUUUGAUCCAGAAGGUUGCCGAGGACCGCGUCUUCGCUUUCCGCUUCGCCGACGUCGAGAAGCUUCCGCCUCCCGUCCUGUCGUUCGACCAGGUCACCUUCUCCUACUCUGGCACGAAGUCCGAUAACCUCUACGAGAACCUCGACUUGGGUGUCGACAUGGACUCCCGUGUCGCUCUCGUUGGGCCCAACGGUGUUGGCAAGUCUACUCUGCUCAGGAUCAUGACCGGAAAGCUGUCGCCCACAGGUGGUAAUGUCAGUCGCCACACUCACUUGAAGCUUGGUGUCUACUCCCAGCACUCUGCCGAGCAGCUCGACCUCACCAAGUCGGCUCUCGACUUCGUCAGGGACAAGUACUCCGACCGCUCCCAGGAUUACCAGUACUGGAGACAGCAGCUCGGAAAGUUCGGUCUGUCCGGAGAUUCGCAGACUGCCUUGAUUGGAACUCUGUCUGAGGGACAGAAAUCGAGAAUCGUGUUUGCUCUCCUCGCCAUUGAGAGCCCCAACAUGCUGUUGCUCGACGAGCCUACCAACGGUCUGGAUAUUCCCACCAUCGACUCGUUGGCCGAUGCCAUCAAUGCGUUUUCCGGUGGAGUUGUCGUCGUGUCCCACGACUUCAGACUGCUCGACAAGAUCGCCAAGGACAUCCUCGUGUGCGAAAACCGAACCGUACGCAGGUGGCCCGGCAGCAUCGGCGAGUACAAGGCGCAUCUGCGGAAGAAGAUGUUGGCCGCCGGAAACGUGUAAAAGUUUUUUCUCGAUUUUCUUUUUUAAACACAUUCUUCUGUUAUGGAACGCCUUUGUUGUAUGCGUCCGGCUGAUUUCAUUUACCUUUUUCUGUUUUCCUUUUCAUUUUCUUUGUUCUUGCGGGCUUGUUCUUUUGGGGCUUUUCACUGGAGGGGGAUGGCUGGGCUGGUUCGGAUUGGGCUGGGCUGGGGUUGGGUAAACAAAAAACAGUAAGACGCUGAUAGACACGAAUUUCCUUGUGUGGGUGCGGGUCGGACUACCUAGAAUGAGAGAUAUGGUGCUUUGUUCCGCAAUACUCGUCAAGAAUACAGAAAAAUAAUGGCGGGUCUUCCCCCCUGGUGCUGAUGUGCGAGGUACUCAAUGGCCACUUUAGAUUUCUUACGACCGU